AUGAGUGAUAAAAAACCAAAACGUAAACAAGGUAACUUGGAUAGCUUCUUCAGUAAAAAAUUUAAAACGGAGUUUAAAUCUAUUAACCACAAUUGUGAAAUAAGCAAUACUGCAGCAUUAUUUGAAGCGACUGAACCUAUUCCUUCUGCACUAGAUUCUCCAAGUACAAGUAACAUAUCACCACAGAAUGAUUUAUCAAAACCGAUAAAUUCCAAAUAUGAUAUUGGUCUUUAUGUAAAUUAUGUUGAUUCAUUACCAAAUGAAGAAAAGGUUUCAAUUUUAAAUAAUGUAUGGACACCUGAUCCUAAUUUCAUUUUUCCAUCUCAAACAUAUUCUAAAUGUAAAGAAGGAGCCUUUUGUAAAUACUGUGUUCUUUUUCUCAACCAAAAUCAAGUUGGGAAAGGUUCUCAUGAAUCUUUAGGUGGAUUAGUUACUAAACCUUAUACAAAUCUAAAAAAAGCUUUGGAAACAUUUAGAUGUCACGCUAGUUAUAGUUAUCACCGCACUGCUGUAUUGAAUGCCGAUAAUAUUAUUGCAAUUCUAAACAAUAAACAAGAUAAUGUUUUGGUUCAGUUAAAUAAUCAACUUAAAGAGGAUAUUUUACAAAAUCGUAAUAUGCUCAAGCCUAUCAUUCAGACUAUACGAUUGUGCGGUAGACAACAAUUUGGUUUAAGAGGGCAUCAAGAUUCUGGUCGUAUAUCAAUGAAAGAACCAAUUCAAAAUGACGGAAAUUUUCGUUGUCUUUUGAGACAUCGUGCACAACAUGGUGAUUGUACGCUAAAAAAAUAUUUGGAAAAUUGUAGUUCUAAUGCCAUGUAUACAAGUCCACUUAUCCAAAAUGAAAUUAUCAACAUUUUUGGCGAACUUAUUCAAUCAGACAUAAUUAAAAAAAUUUCAAAAUCAAAUUAUUUUUCUGUACUUGCCGACGAAACGACAGAUAUUGCACAAAUAGAACAAUUUUCAAUUUGUAUUCGGUAUUUUGAAGAAGAUUUGGUGGUUCUUCGAGAAGAUUUUCUUACUUUUGUACCAGUUCAUGAUGUAACUGGUCUUGGUUUGGCAACCGUUUUACUAAAUGCAUUGAAAGAACUUGGUUUGGACUUGGAUAAUCUACGCGGACAAGGUUACGAUGGGGCUGCUACUAUGUCAGGUAACUUUCGUGGUUUUCAGGCAAUUGUGAAAAAGAGCUACCCAAAAGCUUUAUACACUCACUGUGUUUCUCAUUCCCUGAAUCUUUGCUUAUCUGAUGCUGCCAAAACACAAGCUAUUCGUAAUUCAUUUAGUAUUAUUUCUGAUUGUUGUGGUUUUUUCCAUUCCUCAGCAAAGAGAACGACAAUUUUAAAAAAUAAAAUUAUAGAGAUCCUACCUAACACUCAGUCGUUCAAAUUAAAGUCGUUAUGCGAAACUCGGUGGGUUUUACGCCACGAGGCUGUAAUGCUGUUUAAGGAAUUUUUAGAACCUAUUGUCGUCGCUCUUGAACAAAUAGAUUGUGAUUCUUCAAACAGAACAACUAGCUUAUUAAAUACCAUCUGUAAUUUUAAAUUUUUAGUUUCUGUCUGCGUAUCAUCUAAAUUGUUAAGUUAUAUUUAUCAUUUAUCAGAAUACUUGCAAACUAAAAAUAUUGAUUUAGUAAAUGCCCUUGAUAGAGUGAAUCAGGUAACAAUCCAACUUCAAAUAUUAAGAGAUAAUGCAACUGAUGAAUUUAAUAAGAUUUAUGAAGAAGUCAACCGUUUAGGAGGUUUAAUAAAUGUGGAAGAAAGUAUGCCACGAAUAUGUAUUACUCAAAGAAACCGCCAAAAUGUUCUUUUUCAAAGUACUAAAGAAUUUUAUAGGAGAACAGUUUUUAUACCUCACUUAGAUGAUAUACUUUUAUCAUUGAAUGAACGUUUUUUAUCACAUCAUGAAAUAAUAAAUUUUCUGCAAUACGUUUUACCAAAUAUGAUUGUAGAUAAACCAUAUUCAAAUCUUAAAACAGCAAUUACAUUUUACCAGAAUGAUUUAAAAGGUUAUGAUGACAUUAUAGAAGCUGAAUAUCAAUUAUGGCAGUCGAAAUGGAACUUAGUUGAAUCUCGGCCAUCGACGGCAAUCGUAGCACUUCAUCAAUGUGAUCAACUAAUGUACCCAAAUAUGUAUGAUCUUCUUAAGAUACUAUCAAUACUUCCUGUUUCAACAGCAACUGCAGAGAGAAGUUUUUCAACAUUAAGGAGAUUGAAAAAUUAUCUUCGAAACACAACAUCUGAAUCACGGCUUGUGGGACUAGCUCUAUUAUCAAUUCAUAGAGAUGUAGAUAUUACUGAUGAUAUGGUACUAGAUAAGUUUUCGAACAGUGGAAAAUCUAGACGACUAAAAUUAACAAUAUGA